UGGCUUCGUUUAGAUAAUUGAAUACAAUUACACGAUAUUACCUCGAAGGUCUAUGCAGAAUCAAAUGAGAACAUAUAUAUUGUUUUAUAUAACUUUAAUAAAUAGAUAUUAUAUAUUUCAGGGCCAAAUAUAAAUGAAAAAAAUAUAACUUAAUAAAUGUAUAAUAUAUAUAUUUGUAAUUGUAACUCGGUAGAAGAAGGAUUUAGCAAUAAAUUCGAUCUAGUUUUUCUCAGCAAUCAGAAGGCAAUUAUGAACCAUUUAGAAGGCGUUGUUAAACCAAUACCAUUGUUGUUGCUUUAUUUUCUUUGGACACUUCUUUCUAAUCUCUCUUUAGCUGACCCUCCCUAUCCACGUUGCUCAAACACCAGUAAUUACACAGAGAAUAGUCUGUUUCAGAAUAACCUCCAAAAUCUACUGGGCACGUUCCCUUCAAAUGCUUCUACUCUCAAGUUCCACUCAGCCAUAAUCGGAAAAAAAGAUGCAGACAAAGUCUAUGGUCUUUACAUGUGCCUGAGCUAUGUCAACGACACACUCUGUCACGAUUGCAUAGCCACAGCUGCCCAGGAUGUUCUUGGCCUCUGUCACAACUCAAAAGAAGCUGUGGUGUGGGAGGAAUCAUGCCAAUUGCGCUACUCAAACGAAAACUUCUUUGGGAAAUUGAGUGUCACUGGUAACAUCCCACUGGAUAACGUGCAGAAUAUUUCACAGCCAGAAGAGUUUAAAUCGUUUAUGAAAAAGACACUGCGUAACCUGACUCAGGUGGCUGCUUCUAAUGAUUCAUCCAUGUAUGCAACUGGAGAAGUUGCCUAUAUGGAUAAGACUGUAUACGCUUUAGUGCAAUGCACUGGAGACUUGUCCUCAGAUGACUGUAAGAAAUGCCUUGGAAGUGCCACAGAAGAGAUUUUGGAUGUUUAUUAUCACUCAAUUGGAGCUAGACUUCUUAGUCGAAGCUGCUACUUGAGAUAUGAGUUAUAUGCGUUUUAUAGUGAAUCUGGUUCUAUGGCUAUUAAUACGAAUGGAGAAGAUAAUGGAAGAAAAAGAUGGAAAUUUGCACUGGUAGCUGUUGUUAUAUCAUGUCUUGUGGUAGUAGUCCUUGGCUCAUAUGCCUGCUACUAUGCACUUAACAGAAGACACAAAAAGAGGAAUAAUGAAAAUCGCCGGAAAAUUUCUCAUAUGAACAUCCAUGGAGAUGAUUCAACAGCUCAGGAGUUUCCAUACAUUGAUUUGGCUUCCAUAAAAAUUGCUACUAACAACUUUUCUGAUUCAAACAAGUUAGGAGAGGGUGGUUUUGGCCCUGUUUACAAGGGGGCACUAAGAGAUGGAAAGGAAGUGGCAGUGAAGAGGCUCUCAAUAUGUUCUGAGCAAGAUGGAAAGGAAAAGAUACUUGUGUAUGAAUACUUGCCAAACAGCAGCUUAGACAUCAUUUUAUUUGAUUCAAGGAAACGUGCACAACUAGAUUGGAGCACACGGGUUAAGAUUGUCAAUGGAAUAGCAAGAGGAACUCUUUAUCUUCACGAGGAUUCUAGGCUUCGAAUCAUCCACAGAGACCUGAAAGCCAGUAACAUAUUACUUGAUUUGAAUAUGAAUCCCAAGAUUUCAGACUUUGGAAUGGCAAGGAUUUUUGCAGGAACUGAAAGUCAAGCUAAUACUGCCACAAUAGUUGGGACUUAUGGAUAUAUGGCACCAGAAUAUGCCAUGGAGGGGUUGUACUCUGUCAAGUCUGACGUUUUCAGCUUUGGAGUGCUGUUGCUUGAGAUCAUAACUGGGAAAAGGAACGCCGGCUUUCAUCUUACGAAACUCGCUCCUUGCCUUCUUUCAUACACAUGGCAACUGUGGCAAGGAGGACAAGCGUUGGAGCUGGUGGAUCCAUUGGUGGUUGAUUCAUAUGACCAAGAUGAAUUCAUGAGAUAUCUCCAAAUAGGAUUGUUGUGCGUUCAAAAAGAUGCAAACGACAGGCCAACUAUGUCCUCCGUCGUCGUGAUGUUGAAAGGCGAAUCUACAGCUAGUAAUAGUACUCUUUCUCUUUGCAAACCAAAACAACCUGCCUUCUCCAUGGGGAGAUUCACGGCGCAUCGCCAACCACUGGUUGACACUUGCUCCGUUAAUGGUGUCACUGUUUCUAGUCUCAUGCCCCGGUGAUAGUGAUACUAUUACUAUAAAUAUUAUAAAUGUAUAUAUACAUAUCAUGUAUAGAUAUUUUUAGUUAUUUUGUAACUUACUGUAACUCUAAUUUUUUUUCCGGAUUGUGUAUAACGUUGUUAUUAACCUUCCAUAAAUUUUCAUAAAAUUUUAAA